AAUAAAUUGAAAAAUUGAAAUCCACAACGGUCUAUUGGCGCGCUACAAUUUGAUUUACCGUAAUUUAUAGCCUUAUAAGUAUGUGUAUAUUAACGGGUUGGAAAUUCGUAAUUAACUUCUGAGUUAAUAGAAAUUUCUUCAUCUUUUAACAAUCAAAAAUUAAUAACUAAAAUUUUUCGCAAUAACCAAUAAAAGCCCUUUCACGUACCUUUUCCGUAACUUCUGCGAUCAGAACUCACUUUAGGGUGCACAUCAGGUAUAUGUAUACAAAAAAAAAAAAAAAACUAAAAAUAAAUUCCUUUUGAUACAUAGUACAUCUGCAAUGUAGGGUCACACAUAUGUAUAUAAGCAGCAUCGCAGCACAUUUCGGAUGAGUUAAAGAGAUAAUUGAAAAACGUUCGCAAUCGCAGAAACACGUCAAUCAGCUAUUGCCAUCAAUUCCGUUCAAUUAAAAUCUUCACCGUGAAAUUUCCAAAGAGUAUCCAAAGUAUCAAAAACUGUGAAAUCAAUUUAACCAAAAGCAUAAAUCAAAAAUAAGCAGUGCAUUAAAUUUGCGCUCUAUUUAUUUACACGCAACUAAGACGGAUACAGCCCAAAAAUUAUUGAACUACACGAAUUAUCAGCCAAAUACAGUUCUGCGCAACGCGGUGCAGCUGAAAAAUUUGUAAGGAAAAUGCUAAAAUCAAGUAUUGAAGUUGAUCCACUGCUGGGCCGCAGCCUGGUGACCACGGAGCCGGUAAAGAAGGGCGACAUAGUUGUGGAAGAAAAACCCUUCGCGCUGGGUCCCAAACAGAAUAGCGGUAUUGUUUGUCUCGGUUGUUAUCGCGAUUUGAUUUUCGGUGAAGAUGGCGAUUCACUGGAUCGCUGCGAAAAUUGUGAUUGGCCAUUGUGCAGUGCGUGCUUUGAUUCGCCCGAUCAUGUCGGUGAGUGUGAGAUAUUUGCCAAAGCAAAAGUCCAUUUUGCCGGAAAUGUAAGCGAGGAUGGAGUUUGCACACAACUGGAUUGCAUAACACCUUUGAGGGUCCUUCUUGCCAAGGAAUCGGAUCCCGAGCGUUGGGAACGUGAAAUCGCACCUAUGGAAUACCACAAUGAAGAGCGUCGUCAAUUGAGUGAUAUAUGGAAUGCCGAUUUUAUAAAUAUUGCACAAUAUCUACGUGGACCAUGCCGCCUGGCUGACCGUUUCUCCGAAGAUCUUAUUAUGCAAGUGGUGGGCAUCCUGGAGGUGAACGCAUUCGAGGCACGUACGCCGCAAGGACAUGCGCUGCGUUGCCUCUAUCCGAUUACCGGCAUAUUGGCGCAUAAUUGUGUACCAAAUACAUUUCGCACCAUACAUCCCAGUGAGGGGUACAAGAUUCGCUUGCGCGCCAUGUGUGAUCUGGGCGAGGGUCAACAGCUGCAGCACUCCUACACAUACACUUUAAAUGGCACCGCCCAGCGGCAGGAGCACCUGAAGACCGGCAAAUUCUUCACAUGCGAAUGCAAACGUUGCAAAGAUCCUACAGAAUUAGGCACAAACUUCAGCACAUUCAAGUGCAGUAAAUGCGAAGAUGGUUGGCUACUACCGACAGAUCCGUUGGAUUCCUCUUGCGACUGGAAAUGCACACUUUGCACCUUCAAAACCUCCAAAAAUGCUAUACAGAAGACGCUAUCGGUUAUACAGUCGGAAGUCGCUAUCAUCCAAGCAAUGGAACCCAGCCCACAAAAACUACAAGAAACGGAAAAACUGAUGCGGAAAUAUCGUGUCGUUUUGCAUCCUCAACAUUUCGUACAAAUUGGUCUACGACAGAGUCUCAUUGAAAUGUAUGGUCGCGUCGCCGAAUAUGAAUUGGCAGAGCUGCCGGAUGUUAUGCUCGAGCACAAGGAAGGGCUCUGCCGACUGGUAUUGCGUGUUUUGGAAGUCUUCGAACCGGGUUUGAGUCGCACACGAGCUAUGAUGCUGUACGAGUUGCAUGUGCCACUGGUAUUGCUGGCCAAAAGCGGUUUCAUAGCCGGCGUCUUGUCAGCAGAGGCGUUGAAGCAGAAAUUGCUGGACGUCAUCGCCAUACUCAAAGAAUGUGUCGACAUAUUGCAGUACGAGGAUCCGGAGACGCAAGAGGGCAAUUUAUGCAAAGUGGCCCAGCAGGCAAUGGAACAGCUUACGCAGAGUGUGGAGGGUUUAACUGGGGAUGAAUGAUUACAAUUAUGGCACUCUUAGGUUAAAUACAUAUUUCUAUAAGUAUUCAAAAAAUCGUUUAGAUUUUAUUUAUUUUUUGUCUAUUACUAAAUAAUUAAAUUAUUAAAUUAUGUAGUUACGAUGAUAUAAAUUCUGCGAAUGUUAAUUACGAAUCGGAUGUAUGUACAUACAUUAGUCUUUUCAAAAUUAAAAAAAAAA